UAAAUCAGAGUCACACUUAACAACUGCUAGUGAAGCAGAUUUAAAACCCCAAAGAACACAACAGGAGGUCCUUGUACGAACGUACCGGUGGGCGUAUCGGACAUGCUGCUACUAACCACUGUCAUCCUCCCCCUGUGGCUUUCCUCUGCUCACGGACAAAGGAGAACUUGCGAUUUUCCGGAGAUAAAACAUGGAAACAUAUACGAUGAAAACAAAUACAAAGAAACUUUUCCCGUUGACAUGGGGAAAUAUUUCUACUAUACCUGUGAUCACAAAUUUGUGUCUCCUUCACAAUCACCCUGGAGUCUAAUAGCCUGUACAGAGAAAGGAUGGUCCCCAACUCCAAAGUGUCUCAGACAGUGCUUUUUCCCUUGGGUGGAAAAUGGUCAUUCUGCAUCUUCAGGACAAAUACACCAGGAGGGUGACUCUGUACAAAUUGUCUGUGACACCGGCUACAGUCUUCCAAAUAAUCAGAGAGGCAUCACCUGUACAGAAAGUGGCUGGUCCCUCCCUCCUAAAUGCAGUCGUGUCCGUAAGUAAAACACUGUCCUCUGCGAUCCCUCAUU